AUGUACCCCGGGAACAAGCGGAAAAAGCUCUGGCAGGAGGAGAAAGAAUGUUUGUUGAAAAUGACGUUCGAAGAGAGACAUAAAGAAUAUUUAUGGGAUUACGUACCCUUGAAAGAUAUUCCAACAUGGAAGGAAGAAAUGAAAAACAAAGCCCAAAGUGAUAAAGACAACACCAAUGAAGCUUUCUUGCUGCAGAAAAGCCUUAGUGAAAAAGUCUCCCUAUAUAAAGGUGAUAUCACAGUGCUUGAGAUUGAUGCCAUAGUUAAUGCUGCUAAUUCAAGUCUUCUUGGAGGAGGUGGUGUGGAUGGAUGUAUACAUAGAGCUGCUGGUCCUUGUCUAGUUGCUGAAUGUCGCAGUCUGAGCAGCAGUGAAACUGGACAAGCCAAAAUCACUUGUGGUUAUGACCUACCAGCAAAAUUGAAAACAGAUUGCAUUAGGCCCUGCCACAAUAUGACCACAGGGUUUAGAUCUGGAUUUGUACUUGAUGAUUCCAGAACAUUGAAUUUAUAUUUCUUCAUCCAUGCUCUUCUGGACCUGCUUCUCUAUUUUAGUUUGUGUAUUGCAGGUUGA